AUGUCAAAAUCUUUGAGAAAGGAAUACAAGUUAAGGAUAUCACUCUCACCUGAGAAGAAUACUCGAAAUUGGAAAGAAGAUUUCAACAGACUCACUAUCAAAGUUCUCAGUGGACUUUUGACUGGAGAG